AUGUACGGCAUCAUCUGGAACAACAAAGACCUCACCGUCUUCUUGGUCGACAUACCGGGAUCCAUCGCCGCCGCGCAAGUCUUGAAACUUCAGCGCAACACUUCACACCCGCUUUCGGGUCAGCCGGUGCUCCAACCCUACGACAACAUUCCAAAGGGCAGGUCUGAGAAAAAAAGAAUGGCGAUGGAAGAGAACGUUCCUCCCAUGAUGAAGUUGGUCUACGAAGAGAUCCGGCCUUACGUUUCGGAUGCUCUCGAUCAAAUCAAAGCCGCUCUCAAGACUAAGCUCUGGUGCGAGGACCGCUACUACGUCGCAAAACCAUUCCGCGAUCAGGUAUUGGAGCAGGAAAACGAAGACCCCAAUGGUGAUAAAGGUCAUACGGUACGCGAUUCUGCACUCGGUUCUGACACAGGUACUACUGAUGAUCGAGUCGGAGCGCUCAAGAUUCCCGCCAAGUUGAUGCACUUCCUUGUGCAAGGCUACCCUCACAUCCGCAAAGCAGAGAGUCAAGGUCCCAAUGAUGAGCCGCCGUCAUUCCCUCAAGACCUCCAUAGAUUUCUCCACAAUCCCCACGAUACUACACUGAAACUCUCAUACGUUCCCGACAAUGAGACCGCCGAAGAUAUGAAGAGACGCGGAGAGACAAAGGCUUAUGGAGAGCAAACGCCGGCAUACGGGAAGCCACAGAGAUUCCGCAUCCCACCCGCUGCGACCGUCAUCCUGGGAGACUGCAAAAAUGGCCGGGAUCUACACAGAGCUGUGGAGUACAUGCACAACGAGCAUGAUCACCCAAAGAAAUUCGACCUGAUCAUCAUGGACCCUCCGUGGUCUAACGCCUCUGCAAAGGCGACCGGCUUCUACGACACGUUCGGGUCGGUCACCGGAAUGGACACCAUGUUCGACAGGAUGGAUCUUGACUCGCGCAUUGCUCGUGGAGGGUUCAUUGGUGUCUGGGUCACUAACUCGGAACAAAAGCGCAGCUACGUGCUUGGUCCGCAGGGACUCUUUGCCAGGUGGGGGGUCGCUCUUGUCGAGGAAUGGGUGUGGGUGAAGACGACAGUUGAUGGCACGCCUGUCAUCGAUCUAGACAGCACUUGGCGUAAGCCAUGGGAGUGUCUGUUACUGGGCCAGGCGCCUGACAAGCCUGGUGUCCGCUGGCCGCCUGUUGGCAACUGGCCUGUCAAGAGGCGGGUGAUUGCCGCGGUGCCAGACUUACACUCGGUGAAGCCCUGUUUGAAGCCCGUCAUCGAGAAGGUCUGGCGGAAGGCCGAGGGCCAGUACACGGCUCUCGAGAUCUUUGGCCGGGUCUCCGUGGCGGGAUGGUGGACUUGGGGGAAUGAGGCGAUCAAGUUCAACUGGGACAGGUACUGGUUGGCUGACGGCGAGAAGAGGGAGGGGGUGGAGAAGUGGGAUGGGGAGGAGUACCUGUCCCAGCGGGACUUGGUCGCCGCGGGGGAGGACAGGAGUGAGGAGAAGCCGGCUGCUUUGGAGAAGGUCGGCGAGAAGAGGAAGGCCUCUUCUCUAGAGUAG